AUGGCAACCGCUGCCGAACCUCAAAAGAUAAAUCUCAAUGGUUAUGUAGGGUUCGACUCCAUUACCCGACAGAUUGAGAAAAAGUUACUGAAACGUGGAUUCCAGUUUAACGUCAUUGUUGUUGGUCAAACCGGUCUCG